CUGCAUUGCUUGUUCGGAAUCUAUCUAUUUGUUUGUGCACUGCCCGGGGGCAUAUCGACCUGUCAUAUUUAUCUCUGUACAAAGUGUAAACUGUGUCAAAAAAGCUGAGUCCACGUAUUAUAAUGGCCGAUAGUCGAAGAGGAUUUCACCCAGACCCUGAACUGACUGAAAUUUUGGGCAAAUUGUGGGAACUUGAUACCAACAAAUGCUAUGCUGGGCAGGACUUUGAUAUAGAUCUACAGGGAUAUGUGACAAGUGGAAGGGAACUACAGAGAGACAGAGCCAAGUACACACUUUUUGCCUGGGUGGAUGAAGAAAAUGUGUUUGAACGAAAGACCUAUAAAACAUUUAAAGCUUUACUGGACAACUAUGAGUUGGAGUGUGGGGAACAGGAAGUGGUCACCAAUGAAGAAAGGAAGGAGAACCGAGAUUUCAUUGACGCCAUCAUGGAGACUGAUGUUAUGCAAGAAGCCCAUCGUUAUCUAGUGGAGAAAAAUAAGGCUCCAAAGGACGAGAUAGAAUUCAAACGACUGCUCUACAAAACCUGGUUCAGUCUGGUCCGUAGGACCAAGGGCGACAGGGACUUUGACUCGAGUAGCUUUGAGCAUGUGUUUGUUGGUGAGGGCCGAGAGGACCAUUUCAUCGGGCUCCACAACUGGAUUCAGUUCUACCUCCAGGAGAAGGCUGGAAACAUUGACUACCAUGGUUACUUCAGACGAGAAACGGUGAAGGAUGACGAACACUUCCGACUAAUCGCCCUACAAUUUAACUGGCGGGGAGAGAAAGGUAAGCCCAUGAGCUCCUGCUUCCUGGGAACCAGUCCCGAGUUCGAGAUCGCUGCCUACACCGUCUGUUUCCUGUCCGGUAAGCACGGACGUAACAUGGACGUUCAGCUCGGGGAAUAUGAAGUGGAGAUCAGCUGUUUACCUCUUGGACGCGACUGUAUCGGGACCGCCUACAUCGCAGCCGCCAGGAUGUAGUAGAGGAACUGUAUUCCUGACAGUCUCAUAUGUCUACAGUCCGUCAACAUACCGUACCUUGCCUUAUUUACCUUUAAUACUAUCAGGUUACCACGACAGUGUUGGUGAUAAUUUUUUUUAAUUAAAAUCUUCUAGAAUACUCAUGAAUAUGUAUGUACACUAUGCAUAUCAAAAUAUUAAAUAAUUUGAAUAUUUUGUGAUUUUUCAAAAGUGAUUAUAAUGUUGUUACAAAGCAAUAUUUUUAAUCUUAUUUAAUUUCCAUCAUAUCAGCAGGUGCUCUGACAUUUUUUUUUUUGCAAUAAUAUUUUUCAAACUGUCCAUGUGCUGUGUGCCUAUUGCAGAGCUCAACAGAUUUAUUUCAUAUUUAUUUUAUAAAAAAUGUUUUCUAAUUUGAUACUGUUGAAUUUGAUUUUUGUUUAUACAACAAUAAUUGUUGAUUUGUGACAAUAGUUUUUGAGGUCUUGUUAUUUUACUAAAUACAUGUAUGUUAUUUUGAUAAUAAUUCAGAGAUCUGAUAGAUAAGUCCUGUAAAAGAUUAUAUGGGAUCUUUUCUUUACUUUAUAUAGGGUAAGACUGAUGGGAUAGUAGUACAUGAUACACAUAUAUAAUACCUUGCUCAAUUAUAAAAUAGCUGGGAGAUGUAGCCAAAGAUUAAAAAAUCAGUGAAUGGAUCUAUGUAAUUCUUUGUAUUCAUGUACAUUAAUAUGUUUUUAAUACUUAUAUUCCAAGAUAUCUUUUGUUUUUAAACACACAUACUGGUACUUAUGAUUAUUUUGAAUUACUUCAAUUUUUUUUUCUAAAACCCAGAAUUAAGAAAUAUUAUUUUGUUGACAAAGAAAGCAUAAGACUGCAGAUACAAAUUUUUUAUUAGGCUGCUUUAUUUCCAUUCAUUUUUUAUAUAUAUUUAAAUCUGUUUAAGAUGAAAAAAAAGGCUUUAAUAUUCAAUGAACUAGCUAAAAGGUUAAAUUUGUUGUCAGAAAUUUUUCCAGUAUCAAUUUAGUGAAAUUACAAUUGAUGCUGUGUAGACUCUGUAUUUGAUGUUUUAGAUAGAGGAGAUGGGCAUUACUUGUACUUAUAUAUACUUACAGAUAUCAUGCUGUCAUAUUUGUAGUGUGAGAUAGGGUCAGGUGGAGGUAUUAACACUGAAAUCGUAGAUAUUACUGUUACCAUCACAUCAUGUGUUUAAUUUAUAUCUUAUUUAAUACUGAGUGUCGCUUUGUAAAGAUAGAUCAAUUUAAAGUUUUCCAGAUCAUCAGAUAAGAGGGUUAUAUACAGUGUCAAAUAAUAAGUCACAGUGAUUGAAAUUUGAUCACUUGGGGCCAGUUGUUUUUCUUUGUCACAAAAAAGUUUUCUUCUAGUCAAUAUUCAUUUUCAGGGCAUUUUUUCUUCUUCCAAGUUUGCAUGGUACAGGAGAGUGAUUCAGGUUACCAAGAUUGAGAUAGAACGCAUUGUGUAUUAUGAUUGUACCAACAAUUCCUGUUCACCCAACGAAUAUAUGUGUUUCUACAGUAUCUUCAAUUUCUAUUCAAUAUAAUUUAUGUAUUUUUUUCUUUUGUUUACACUAUUUGAUGGGUCAUUAAUCUUUGGUUGUGUAGAUUAUAUACACAAAGUUUUGUUAUAAUUAUAAAGACAAACCCUUUACAUUAAUAUGCAAUAAAUUUAUAUCAAAUUUGUGUACUGGUA